AUGGAAACCAACGGUUGGACGCCGGCAUCGCCCCAGGAGACCGCUGGGAGUCAGGGACUCGAAGCCUCCGUCGACAACCUACAGGAUGUUGGACCCGAGGUGUCGCCGUACGCGAGCCCGGCGUGCAACGUCUACUUCCAGAGCGGACAGCCGUUCAGGGUUCCUCGCAACCUCCUCUGCGGAGAGCUUGAGAACAUCCGCCACCGCGGCCUGGGCGAGAUCCGACUGAAGCACAUACCCGACGAGGCCGGCCACGUGCUCGUCCACUACCUUCACACCAACUCGUGGCAGACGCUCAGGGUCAGAGAGUCGCCGGACACGGCCAAGUACACGUCUCACCUCGGCAUCAGCUUGCACGUCUACGCGGCUGCGCAGGCCUACAAGCUGCCCCAGUUGGCAGAGCUCGCCAGGGAGAAGGUUUCGCUCUACGCAGAGUCGUCGCCCCCGCUCGACGUUCUGCUGCUGGCCUCGGACGCCUGCGCCGCCCUCGGGGAGGACGACCCGUGGUUUUCGGCCUUUGUCAAGCGUCGCGUCCAGCAGUUGUUCGAGGACCCGGCUUCCCUGAACAAGUCGGGCCUGCUGGGGUGUUUCGACAACGCGACGACGUACUCGAAGCUGCUCGUCAAGAGCAUGAUCGACAUCUGCUGCGACUACUCGGUCUCCGUCAACCCGAGCGAGUCCCAGCCCUCGCCUCGCAUCGGGCCGUCGGUCACGUCGAAGCCCGCCGCGGCCCCCUGGUCGGAGGCUGCCGAGCAUGAGCUGGACCUGACCGGCGAGCUUGCGUUGGAGUCGACCCUGGGCAACAGCAUGGGGCCAGCUUCUAAGAAGGACAAGAAGAAGAAGAAGAAGGGCAAACGGGUGGAGGAUGCUUCUGUCGAGCCUGAAGGAUUCGUGGCGAGGGAGGGCGCCGAGCUCACGUUGAAUGGUCGGCAUUGA